CCGGAAGUCAUGCGCUAUUGGGUCAUAUGUCAUCGCAUCAAGACACAUCUCCGGCGACCUGUUCUGAAAAGUGAUAUGUUUUUCUGAUUUGUUGAUAUUGUAGACACUAGCCGAAAUAUAUAAUUAUUCGAACUUAUAGUAGCUAACGAUGAGUGUCAGAUUAUAUUCGAUUUUAGGCAUCGUGAGUGCCGUAGCUACUGGUAUUGUACUGUGGUAUGUGUUGACUGAUCAGCUUUACAGACUAGAUUUUGGAUGGUUCCUAUUAGCGAUAGAGCCCUACAUGUGGGCUGAUGUGGGUGUGGGUUUGUCAAUAGCACUCUCUGUUGUAGGGGCAGCAUGGGGUAUUUUCACAACAGGAACGAGUAUUGUAGGAGGAGGUGUAAAAGCUCCCCGUAUCAGAACAAAAAAUCUCAUCAGCAUUAUUUUCUGUGAAGCAGUAGCCAUUUACGGUAUCAUCAUGGCAAUUGUUCUCUCGGGUCAAGUGAAGGAUUUUGGUACAAAUGAGCUUUCAGAAAAGACAAUGGCAAAUAAUUAUCUUGCAGGUUAUGCUAUCUUUGGUGCUGGUUUGACUGUGGGUUUUACCAAUCUAGCCUGUGGUAUUUGCGUGGGCAUUGUGGGUAGCGGAGCCGCCCUAGCUGACGCCCAAGAUGCCAGUCUAUUCGUCAAGGUCCUCAUCGUUGAGAUCUUCGGAAGCGCUAUCGGACUAUUUGGUGUCAUUGUCGGUAUCUUGCAGGCCAGCAAAUAUUCCUUUAAGAGUGAGGAUCUAGUCUGAACAACAAACAGAGAUUGCAGCAAAUCAUCUUAUUUAUACCAAAAUAAUAUUUCUUUAUCAUGUGGCUCAACCAUGUGAUCAUCCGUAUUGUCCUCAACAUUGUUAUAAUGGUUCCUGACAUAUAAGAGAAUUGGCUAAUUUUACGGUGCAUUUGGGUCUGAAAUAUAGCUCAAUCAUUUCUGAUUUUUUUUGUAUACCAUAUAUUGAAGAGGAUAAGAAAGUAAAGUUGUUGGACAGCCUUCUUGAAUUUUCUUCUUUUUUUUGUUCAAACAUUUAAUGGACAUUCUGUCCAUUCUGAAUCCAGGUGUUUCUGAUAAGUAAGGUAACAGCCAUUUUUUUUGUGAAAUCCAAAAAAGCUUAAAGUUCUCAAAUAUAUGUAUUUUUUUAAAACCUCUGCCACCAUAUAACUUAUUUGACCCAUUGGCCCAUCAUUCAAAAUAAUUGAUUUUGAAGCUUUGAUUUAAGACUGGUUUAUGCUUAUAUCACCAUGUGCAUUGAGCAAAUGUCUAAUAGAUCAUGCUAAUUGAAUGAAGAGGUUGUGAGGUUAAAGCUUCUUGUCACUAUGGUUUGAGCCUUCUUUGUAUUUCAGUUGAUUUAAAUAAAGACUGGACUCACUAAUUCUAAAUUUUAAGCCUGAAUUUAGUCACAUUUGACAAAAAUGCUAAUCAUUAUUGGACCCUUUCUCAAUUAAUGCAGAAAAUUAAUCAUAAUUAUUGCACAAAAUUUGCAUUAAUCAUUUUUCAAACCCUGGUUUUGAAGCCCUUUUAUAAACUUGGACGUGAUGAUUUUGAGUUGUUCGAACUACUCUCGAGAGAGAGGUUAUCUUUCAUACGUGCUUGUGUAAUAACAAACCAUUCCAUGUAAAAUGUGGCAUAAUAUUUCAUUGUUUAUAGAAAUAGCAUGUUUAUUGAUAUGAUACUUAGAACCCUUUAAUAACAGAUAAGAAAUUAGUAGCCAAAAUAGUUGAGAUACAGGUGAUUGUUGUAUAGU